AUGUCUGGAUUUAUUUCAAAUGAUCCAUGCCUACUUUUGAAACAAGUACUCCAGUUGCUCGAUGUUGAAACUGAUGAUGAGGAAGAAGUAAUUAUUGAUGACAUUGUAAGUGACACCACAACAGAAAGUGCAGUCUUGAAUCCAAUUGAUCCCUUUGAAAUUCAAUCAGAUCAACCAAAGUCAUCUACAAGACUUGAAGAAGAAGAAAAAAACGAUAAUGGUGGUUGGUCAAUUGCAGGAACCGACAUUGUAAGUGACACCACAACAGAAAGUGAAGUCUCGAAUUCAAUUGAUCCAUUGGAAAUUCAAUCAGAUCAACCAAAGUCAUCGUCUACAACACUUGAAGAAGAAAGAAACGAUCAUGGUUGGUCAAUUGCAGGAACAGACAUUGUGCCAUUUCAUAAGUUUGAUCCGGAUGCAGUGUAUAGUUAUUGUCAUUCCUCGAGUAAAGAUGGAGGAAAAGGCGAUUUAAAAAUUAGAGUUAGGCAGCAUUUGGCUUCGAUUGGAUGGAAGAUCGAGUUUUUUAGAAAUGUAGGAAGAACCAAGGUUAGAAUGCGUUAUACUUCGCCCCAAGGGAAAGUAUUCAUGUCACUUGUUCUUCUUUGUAAGACUCUGCUUGGAUCCAUAUCAGAAAAGGAUCAGACUCCACCCUUAAGUUUACAUUCUCCGGUUUCUGAUAAGUUACAAGAAAACCUCCAAGUUAAUGAAGAAGAAGUCCAUUUUGAACCUGAAUAUAAUCAAGAAGCCUUGGUGGAGUAUGUUUCAACUGGAACCCAACAGAAGAAUGAUGAUCAUGCUUGGUACAGGAAGACUAAUGCCAAAGUUCUUCAAUUGAAAGUAAGAAAGCAUCUCUCUUUUCUUGGAUGGAAGUUCUGGUAUAUUACUAAAAAGGGUAAAAGGGAAUUACAAUAUUGCUCACCUAGAGGGAAGAUUGAGGUUUCCCUUAUAACAAUAUGCAAACAAUGUAUAAAUGAAGGAAUUGGUUUGUCAAAAUCCAAGGAAGUUGUUGUUCAACCUGAGGAAAUUACACAACCCUCGAAAUUUAGAAAGACAUUGGGAGAAAAGGAUUCUGGACAUUUGAUUAGCAAAAGAGUUAGUCAAGCAAAUCCAACCACUUCUUCUAGUCCGAAUCCUCGAACUGUAUUGUCUUGGUUAAUAGACAAUAAUGUGGUGUUACCAAGGGCUAAAGUGCAUUAUAGAAAAGAUCAACGCCGGUUAGCUGAAGGAAUGAUUACACGAGAAGGAAUAGAGUGUGCUUGUUGUGGGCAAGUUUUUACGCUAUCUAAAUUUGAGGCUCAUGCAGGCAGCACUAUCCAUAGGUCUGAUGCUAAUAUAUUUCUGGACGAUGGAAGAUCUCUUUCAGAGUGUCAGUCACAAUUGAGAGAUCGCAUUAAAUUAAAGAGUUUGAUGAAAAAGUCUAAAGAGACAAUGAGUUAUAAUAUAAACGAUUCUAUAUGCUCUGUCUGUCGCAUUGGUGGAGAGUUAAUUUUGUGUGAUAAAUGUCCGUCCUCAUAUCAUAUUACUUGUCUUGGUCUUAAGGUUUUUCCUGAUGGCGACUGGUUUUGCCCAUCAUGUUUGUGUGGAUCUUGUGGGAGAAUCAAAAUUUCAGAAGAUGCUAAGGAAGUGGAAAAUGAUAAUUUUCUCCAUUGUGACCAGUGCCAACAUAAGUAUCAUAUGGAGUGUUUGAAGGAAAUGGCCUAUACAAAUCCUGGAAAUGUCCCCAUGGAAAGUUGUUUUUGCAGCAAAAGAUGUGAAGAGAUAUUUUUGGGACUUAGGUCACGUUUGGGAAAACGUAUUCCUGUUGGUGAAAAUUUAACAUGGACAUUAUGGAAAGGUGUUUAUUCGAAUGAUAGUCCUGAUAAAGAAGCGGAAAAUUACUGCAAACUGAAUGUUGCUCUUAAUGUGAUGCACGAGUGUUUUAAGCGUGUCAAAAAUCCUGAAACUCAAAGAGAUCUUAUUGAAGAUGUCAUCUUCUGUCGAAGAUCUGAGUUAAAUCGUUUGAAUUUCGAAGGAUUCUUCACUGUGAUUUUGGAAAAAAAUAAUGAGUUGGUCUCCGUAGCUAACGUUAGGAUUCAUGGAGAGAAAGUUGCUGAAAUGCCACUUGUAGCCACAGGGUUUCAGUAUCGCAGAUCAGGAAUGUGCCGCAUCUUAAUUAAUGAGCUUGAAAAGAUGUUAAUGGAAUUAGGCAUUCAGAAAAUUGUAAUACCUGCAGUUCCUUUAGUAGUCAACACAUGGAAAAGCGCAUUUGGGUUUUCUGAAAUGACAAAUCAGACAAAAUUAAUGUUCUUGAAUCACAACUUCUUAGAUUUUGAAGGCACUAUCAUGUGUGAGAAGUCGUUACAACCACACUUAUUUCAUUCAUCAGAAAACGAGAUAAAAGUCUGUAAUGUAGCCUCUGAAAGUAAUGAUUUCGAUUUAAAGGCUAAUAAGACUAACCGAGAUGAAGAUAGUAGAAUAAUGGAAUAUGAAUCAUCUUCAACCUACUGCAUUCCCUAUAAUGAGGUGUUUCCUAAGGAUGCAUAUGUGGUUCCAAGUGCAGAAUUGGGGGUGUACGAGUCCCAAUUUGAUAGCUUCGUCCAAUCUUACAAACGAAGAUGUCCAUUUACUGAUCCUGAGUAUAAUUCCCUACAUGUGUUUCCUAUUGCUGCAUAUAAACAAGCUGAUGGAAUAAAUAUUGAUAAUAGAAGAGUGCUUGUCGAUGUUGAACGAGGUAGAACAGUUCCAAAUUGGAAACCUCGUCGACUUCGUAGGGGUCUAGGAACAACCAGGAUUGGAGGUGAAGAUGUAAAUAAAAAACAAUUGGGGAGGGAAAAAUCCCGUGAAAAGGGAAGAGAUAGAGAAGGUGAUAGGGAGAAAUCUCGUGAGCGAUCUUAUGAGAAGUCAACGGAUCGUGAUGAACCGGAGGAUGAAGUGGAGGGAUUGUUGGAAAUUCUAUCAUAUGGGUUUGUGAAUUUGGGAUUUUAUAUUGGAAAAAGGGUAUUGUCAUUUGUCUCCAUGGAAGAAUUGAAGAAGCUUUUGAAUGUUGUAUACAGGUAUUGGAAAGAAGCUGUUGGAAAUUUUAUCAUAUGGAUUUGUGGAUUUGGGAUUAUUUAUUGGAAAGAGGGUAUUGUCUGCAUGGAAGAAUUGAAGAAGCUUUUGAAUGUUGUAAACAUGUGUUGGAAUGAAGCAGAAAACGAGUUAAAAGUCUGUAGCGUAGCCUCUUAUGAAAGUAGUGACAUCGAUUUGGAGGCUAACAAGACUAGUCAAAAUGAAGAUAGUAGGGUAAUGGAAUAUGAAUCUUCUUCCUUCAUUCCCCAUUAUGAGAUAUUUCCUAAGGAUGACUAUGUUGUUCCAAGUGCAGAAUUGUGGAUGUACGAGACCCAAUUUGAUAGCUUCGUCCAAUUUUAUAAACAAAGAUGUGAAUUGACUGAUCCUGAGGUCAAACAACUCGACACUACUCGCAAUUACAUGUUAUAA